AUGUCAUCUGAUUUUUUAAGUAAAGGGAUAGAAUUAGUCCAGAAGGCUAUCGAUGCAGAUACAGCCACACGAUAUGAAGAAGCAUAUAAGUUGUAUUAUAAUGGAUUAGAUUAUUUAAUGUUGGCUAUUAAAUAUGAAAAGAAUAGUAAAUCUAAAGAGUUGAUUAAAAGUAAAUUCACUGAAUAUUUGACACGAGCUGAACAAUUAAAAGAUCAUUUAGAAAAACAAAAUAAGAGUAAUACAGCAGAAGGAAGUGUAAAUGGAUCAACAAAAAGUAAAAAACAAGGAUCUGAAGGAAAUGAUGAAGAAGGAGAAGAUACUAAAAAACUAAGAGGAGCAUUAGCAGGUGCUAUUUUAAGUGAGAAACCAAAUGUUAAAUGGGAUGAUAUUGCAGGAUUAGAAGGGGCUAAAGAAGCAUUAAAAGAAGCAGUUAUAUUACCAGUUAAAUUUCCUCAAUUAUUUGUUGGAAAUAGAAAACCAACUUCAGGUAUAUUAUUAUAUGGACCACCAGGGACAGGUAAAUCUUAUUUAGCUAAAGCGGUGGCAACAGAGGCUAAUCUGACAUUUUUUAGUGUUUCUUCAAGUGAUUUAGUUAGUAAAUGGAUGGGGGAAAGUGAAAGAUUAGUUAAACAAUUGUUUACAAUGGCGAGAGAAAAUAAACCUUCAAUUAUAUUUAUAGAUGAAGUUGAUGCAUUAUGUGGACCUAGAGGUGAAGGAGAAAGUGAAGCAAGUAGAAGAAUUAAAACUGAAUUGUUGGUACAAAUGAAUGGGGUUGGAAAUGAUAGUCAAGGUGUUUUAGUAUUGGGGGCAACUAAUAUUCCAUGGCAAUUAGAUGCAGCUAUAAGAAGAAGAUUUGAAAGAAGAAUUUAUAUUCCAUUACCUGAUGUUGAAGCAAGAACAAGAAUGUUUGAAAUUAAUAUUGGUGAAGUUCCAUGUGAAUGUACAAAUUCAGAUUAUAGAACAUUGGCAGAAAUGACAGAUGGAUAUUCUGGUCAUGAUGUUGCCGUUGUUGUUAGAGAUGCUUUGAUGCAACCAAUUAGAAAAAUCCAACAAGCUACUCAUUUUAAAAGUGUAAUUGAUGAAAAUGAUGGUAAAGAAAAAUUAACACCUUGUUCUCCUGGUGAUGAAGGUGCUAAAGAAAUGAAUUGGAUUGAUAUUGGUACUGAUGAAUUAAAGGAACCACCUUUAACUAUUAAAGAUUUCAUUAAAGCCAUUAAAAAUAAUAGACCUACUGUUAAUGAUGCAGAUAUUGCCAAUCAUGUUAAAUUUACUGAAGAUUUUGGUCAAGAAGGUAAUUAG